AUGGAGAAUGUGAAGAUUGGCUCAAUUAUAUCAAACGUUGGUGGAUUCGUUAGUUCUUUAACUGGAUUCUUUGUAUUCUUAUUUGGAUCAAAUAAAUUAGCGCCAUGGGGAUUUUUUCAAAAAUAUGUGUUUAAAUGUUUAUGCAUUAGAUAUCAAAAAAAACUUAUUAAUAAACUUAAAACUAAAUAUGAACCAAUUCCAUUUGUUAGUGGAAGGACCAAAAAUGUUACUUUGGAAGAACGCGUUCAAAAUAUUGAAAAUAUACUCAAAGAAUAUUAUCUUGAUACUGAUUUUUUAAAUUCAUUAUUAAUAAAACAUAACAAAGUCAACGACAAUGAGUACUAUGAUAAAGUCUAA